AUGCCGUCCUCGCCCUCUCCACCAGAAAUUUCUUCUCAGACCACCACUACAUCACCACCCUCCUCAAUCGCAGCACAAGCUCAAUUAAUCCACACAGUAUCUCUGAUAUCCGUCGUACUUUGCCCCGUAAUUCUCGCUCUUCCGCCGCGGAAACUCGAUGUCUACAGCAUAUUACUCGUCUCGGGGACGUUUGUAGGAGGAAACCAACUCGCGAGAGAAUAUACAGGUCGGAGCAUCGUUCAGCGUGUACAAGAAAUACCUGCGCGGUGGCCUAGCAGUGGCAAGGCGGAGAAUGUAAUAAGAAAGGAAACUCCCUGGCUAGGUACGGAUGGGGCUCAAUUAAAAACAACGAAUCCUCUACCAAUCGAGAGGAAUAAACACGGUAUCCUUGAUGAAUUACAAAAACAGAAAGCAGCCACGGGAACGUCUCAGAAACCGGAAUGGAAGCAAGAACGAGAUAAGAGAGAAAUAGAAGCCGCGGAAGAAGGAAAGGGCUACGGGGAUCUGAUAACGGAACAAAUCUGGGAAGUGUGGAAUUGGGGCAGAGGGCAGGCAGAGGAGCUGAAGGAGAAGGACGAGGAGGUUGUGAGAGAGGCAAAAGAUCAUGAGAGGGAGAAGAAACAGUGA